AUGAAUCAAAUGAUGAGACAGCGACCAAUCAAUAACACUGAUAUGCCGUACAUGAACUAUCAGCCACCAAAUAAACCCGGACACCACAGCCAAACUCAGACAAACAACCAAAACCGAACUCCUCUGCACAGCCCUGAAGCUGAUCAUCCAUCUAUUGAAGCAGUCAAACACAACAAACCUGACUUACAAGGACCUGAAUAUUGUCGAGAGGUUCACAAAGAGUCUGACCUUGGCUUCAACAUGAGCGGCGAGUGUCCUAGCGAUUGUAAUGAUCAAGGCAACGAGUGUCCUAGCGAUUGUAAUGAUCAAGGCAACGAGUGUCCUAGCGAUUGUAAUGAUCAAGGCAACGAGUGUCCUAGCAAUUGUGAUGAUCUAGACAACGAGUGCCCUAACAAUCUAGAUGAACAUGUUAACAAUCUUUCAGAGCAAGAGCAGGCCUACGAGACAAUUUCUGACAACCAUGAUCCUGAAGUUCUACCUGAGAUUGUGCCAGAAUCCGAUGAUCCUCAGGUGACCGAACCAGCUUUUAGCAUGGACAACUACAGUGCAAGAGACGUCGAUCGCUGGGCUAGGACUCUGUCGGCUGCUCAAUUUGAACAACUACGUAUCUUGGGGCCUGCAAGCAGAAUUGAAUCUUUCCGACAGUAUACUAUCUCCAACCUCAAUCAACCAACUCAGACCCCUACUCAACAAAGCUCACUUGAACACCCAGUUUCUAUGUCUAAUGGAUACCAGGACAACAGCAAUUACCACCACCACCAGCCUGAUGCCAUCAGCAGCAACAAUUUUGACCAACAUCCGCUUGCACCUCCAGAUGAUGAUCAGUUGAGAUCUACUUUCUACAAUCACUCAGAUGACUACACCUCCCAUCAAGAGGCUUGUGACAGUGGAGGUUUUGACGAUGGUGGUUUUGACGAUGGCGGAUUUGACAAUGGCGGAUUUGACAAUGGUGGAUUUGACGAUGGCGGAUUUGAUGAUGGUGGUUUUGAUGAUGGCUAUGGUUCCCCUUAUUAUUAGCCUGUUU